AUGGAGAUAAAUAAUGACAAUGAUUUCGUACAAAAAAGCCAAAAGAAACCUCGAAGCCGUAAGAAAAGCAACUUUUCCGUCCUAAAAGAGAAAAUCAAACACGUAAGACUAAAAUAGUAUGACGCAAAAGUUAAAUUGCUUGAAGAAUCAAGAAAAAGUGCAAACCAAUCAAGAUGCAGCGUCAAAAGGUCAUCCUCUCAGCCCAGCCCCAAAAAAGCUCACAAUUACUCUAUGCAGAUGCCUAAGCAGCAAACUGAAAGAGAAAUAGAUUUCCUUGCUUUGAAUUCUAUUGCGAAUACCGACAUUUUCGACUCAUUCCACAGCAUAAUUCCAAAUAUGUCGUCUUCUCAUUCAGUUUUAAAAAAGAGGCAUCUAGGGAAUAUUUCUUUGAAUCUCUCAAAAAUUAAAGAAAAAAGAAAAACAGACAAGGAAAACUCAUCCCCAGAAAAAGUCCAGGAAUUAAAAGAAGAGCUUAAAAAUAUUCGUGAAGAAAAUAAAAUAUUAUUUCUUUUAGAUAAAAUUUGAGCCAUUUGCUGAGGCAUAACACCUUAUUAUUUGCUUAAAUUAUAUAAUGGCUUUUUCUGUAUUAUCAUAUAAUAAUUCUUAUUUAAUUAAAUUGAUAUAAAGCAGCAUAUUAAGCACACAAAAGAAUCAUACCAAGACUCACUUGAUGCUCAAAGAAACCAUUAUGAACAAGAAUUAUGUGAAUUAAAACAAAUAAAUAAAAAACUGCUACAACAAAUUGAGGAAAAAAAAGACACUAGUGAAAAUCAAUUUAAAUGUAAGCUAGAAAUUGAGCUGAAAUUGCAAAGAGAGAGGAUUUAUAAAGAGCUGCAAAGCAAAAUAAGCAAAAAAAAAGAUUACUUAAAUGAUGAGAGAGUGAGAGAAAUCCAGAAAGAAUUAGAAGAAAAAUAUCAUUGCGAAAUGAUAAAUAAAGAAGCUGAGUUUGAAAUAAAAGUCAAAAAUAGAAUUGAUUCUAUUAAAUCUGAAUAUGAUAGAAGAAUGAAAGCUACAAACGAUGAAAUAAACGAGCUAAGGAAAAGAAACUCAGAGCUCGAAAAACAAAUAAAAAGAGGAGAUUCUGAUAUUUUCAAUGAAAAAGCUGGAAAUCCGAAAAAUAAUCCAAACAAAAUAAGUGCAUUCCCAGCCAAAACCAACGAAGCAGCUGAAAAUUUCUUGGUAUUGAGACCCUUUUUGUUUGAAGACAAUUAA